ACUGCUGGGCACUGACUUGCACAACCGCUGGGCACUGACUGGCAGCACUGCUGGGCACUGACUGGCACAACCGCUGGGCACUGACUGGCAGCACUGCUGGGCUGCACUGAUGGGCACAGGUGGGUGGCACUGGUGGGCACAGGUGGGUGGCACUGCUGGGCACAGGUGGGUGGCACUUCUGGGCACACUUGUGUGACACUGAGUGGCACAGGUGGGUGCACUGCUGGGCACAGGUGGAUGCACUGCUGGGCACAGGUGGGCAGAACUUGUGGGUGGCACUGCUGGGCACCAAUCAUCAGGGCACUGAUCAUCAGUGCCCUGAUGAUCGGUGCCGAUCCCUGCUCUAACAACUGCGGGUUCUCGGCAGUAUUUUUCUCACGAUCUGACAGCGUGAGGAAAGUGCAGCCGAGAACUGGCAAUUGC